AAUCUACUUUAAUUGAAAGGCCCCCAUAAAGUGCUGAGGUCGCUGCGUUUACCUGUUUCUGCGACUCUGAGCGGUCAGGAGGCUCCUCCUCUUUCCUCUUUAAUUUCCUUUAUGCAUUUAUUUUUUUCUGUUCAAUUAAUUUGUUGUUUCUUCCACAGUGGCAAAUGCUUUCUUCUCCUACUCCUAAGCUAGCUAGCGAGCUCCUCCCCUCGCCCCCCUUCUCCUUUUCUGCUAAUCUUUUUGUGGGUUCUGUGCGAUCAUCGCUGAAAUGCGGUGGGGGUUCCUCCUAUCUCAUUAACAGCUUUGAGCAUCUGACGCCGCCUGGCGGUUUCCGGCAAUAUUCAUGUUUGAUUAUUAAUUAAUGUCGCUGUUGAAUACACACAGUCUCUCUCUCUCUCUCUGUCUCUCUCUCUCUCUCUCUCUCUCACACACACAUUUAUUAGCUAGGCCAGACUGCCAUCAGUGAGUGUUGGAAGUGGCAGAUUUCCGUCGUUUAAAGCUCCGAUGGAGGAGCGAUCCAAGUUGUAGCUCGCAAGUCACAAUACAGCAGCUUGAAUGCCGGAUCUGGGGUUAAGCCCACUAGAUUCCGCCGGCCCCAACCUCAUUUUCUGGCUAGCUGUUGGGUAUUCCGGUUUAAUUUAGCUCGACCCCAGCGCAGCUGCUGCUUUGACAUCAUGCGCCUGGAUGGAUGCUAACUAUUUAAUUACAAGAAACCUGCUUCUUGUAGCUGCUCGCUCCGCUCUCUGCACACGGACACAUGCAGGAGCAGCAAGUCUCUUGUAUAACUUCUCAAGGCGUAGUUACUAGAAAAGACUUAACUCCUUGGUAAACCACAAAUUGGAGACUAGGAGAGCAUUUAUCCCUGGAGCAUUGAUCGCUGUAAUUUAAAUGCACUCAGUGCCAAACAAAUGCCUAUGAAGCUCUGUUCCAAUUUUCCCGUGCUCUUCAUCAUAGUAGGCCUUCUUCCUCUCGGUAUUGCUGACCUGAAUUCUGAUAAGCAAGCCCUUCUUGAAUUUGCUGCUGCUGUUCCCCAUGGUCGGAAACUGAACUGGAAUCCUGCAUCCCCAGUCUGCACAGCAUGGGUAGGCAUCACUUGUUCUUCAAAUGGAACCCAUGUGCUUGCCCUUCGGCUGCCUGGUGUUGGACUCACAGGCCCUAUCCCUGCCAACACUCUUGGGAAGCUAGAUUCCCUCCGGAUCCUCAGCCUUCGAUCCAAUCGACUCAGUGGGAACCUUCCAUCUGAUAUUCCCUCCCUCCCUUCCCUUCACUGCCUCUUUCUCCAACAUAAUAACUUCUCUGGUGACAUUCCUGCAUCCUUUUCCCCUGGGCUCAAUGUCUUGGAUCUCUCUUUCAAUGCUUUCGCUGGUAGCAUUCCCGUAACAAUUAAGAAUUUAACACAUCUCACAGGGUUGAGCCUUCAAAACAAUUCAAUUUCUGGACCAAUUCCAAAUCUCAACCUCCCAAGGCUAAAGCAUUUGAAUUUAAGUUACAACCAUCUUAAUGGCUCAGUCCCAUCUUCCCUUCAGAAAUUCCCCAAUUCUUCAUUUGUUGGAAACUCCUUCUUAUGUGGACCACCUUUAAGUAACUGCUCCAGCAUCCUCUCUCCUUCCCCUUCCCCUGCUUACUUUCCACCACAGCCAAUGGUCCCUAAAAAAGAGAGCUCGAAAAAGAAAUUAACUAAAGGAGCGAAAAUUGCCAUUGCAGUUGGGGGAUCUGCGGUGCUCUUUCUCACAGUUCUGGUUAUUGUUGUAUGCUGCUUGAAAAGAAAAGUGAGUGGGGGCACUGGUGUGUCAAAAGGGAAGGGUUCUAGUGGUGGGAGGGGUGAGAAACCCAAGGAGGAUUUUGGGAGUGGAGUUCAAGAGCCCGAGAAGAACAAGUUAGUUUUCUUUGAAGGCUGUUCAUAUAAUUUUGAUCUGGAAGAUUUAUUGAGGGCAUCUGCUGAAGUGCUGGGAAAGGGGAGUUACGGGACAGCAUACAAGGCUGUUUUGGAAGAGUCAACAACAGUGGUGGUGAAGAGGUUGAAGGAAGUAGUGGUGGGGAAGAGGGACUUCGAACAGCAGAUGGAGAUUGUGGGGAGGAUUGGCCAGCACCCAAAUGUGGUGCCACUACGUGCUUAUUAUUACUCCAAAGACGAGAAGCUCUUGGUUUAUGACUAUAUCCCCAGUGGCAGCUUGUCCACACUCUUGCACGGAAACAGGGGUGCAGGAAGAACUCCACUAGAUUGGGACUCCAGAGUGAAGGUCUCCCUCGGAAUUGCUAGGGGCAUUGCCCAUAUCCACGCGGUGGGUGGUGUGAAAUUCACCCAUGGAAACAUCAAGUCCUCAAAUGUUCUGCUAAGUCAGGAUCUUGAUGGGCGCAUCUCUGAUUUUGGCCUAACCCCUCUUAUGAACCUCCCCGCAACUCCAUCUCGGGGUGCAGGCUAUCGUGCUCCCGAGGUUAUUGAAACCCGAAAGCACACCCACAAGUCAGAUGUCUACAGCUUUGGCGUUCUCCUUCUUGAGAUGCUGACCGGGAAGGCCCCACUCCAAUCUCCUGGGCGCGACGACAUUCCGGAUCUCCCAAGGUGGGUCCAGUCUGUUGUGAGGGAGGAAUGGACGGCUGAAGUUUUUGACGUCGAGUUGAUGCGGUACCAAAACAUAGAGGAAGAGAUGGUGCAGAUGCUGCAGAUUGCCAUGGCCUGUGUAGUGAAGGUGCCUGAAAUGCGACCAAACAUGGAUGAGGUUGUAAAAAUGAUCGAAGAAGUCCGGCAAUCUGACUCAGAGAACCGGCCCUCUUCAGAGGAGAAUAAGUCCAAGGAUUCAAAUGUGCAGACCCCAUGAAUGCAUUCAAAAAAAAUUUUUUUGGUUAAUUUUCCAAGUUCUGAGAAUUCGUCAGAUUCAUGCAAGAUUCAAUGUUUUUGAAGCCAACGUGAACUUGUUCUGUUGUGCGGUUUUUUCUUUUCUUUUUAGGGAUAUAAUGCUUUAGAUUGUGUUACAGGCUUCUUCAAUCCCUCUGUUUUAUGAUUAUACUUAUUUGUUUUUUUCUUUUGGGGUUUGCAGAAUUUGUUGUAAGAAGGAAUUUCAAGAGCAUUAUGAAUUGAUUGAUUGAUGAUCUUCCAUCA